AUGGAAAGCAAAUAUCAAGACGCACAGGUACAAGGUAUUGUGAGUUACCUGAAUGCCUUCAUAUCAACAAAAACUGACCUACACAUAACAAUCGAAAAAACACUUGCGAAUCUCCAAGACUCGUUGAAGUCGACAACUAUACUUAAUCAGUACAUCCAAACAUUUAGGGCGUUUCCAAUCCCUCACCAAUCACCUUCAAACCUUUUUCAAACAAAUGAAAAUGCUGCGGCGAUCAUUAGGACCGCCAAAACACUCGGUCUUGAGAUCACGUGUUCAUCAACUAACAUUACACAACCCGACGCAGUCAGCGCAACACAGGUUCUUGGCCUUCUGUGGCAGCUUAUGGAUUACGAACUGAGAAAGACCAUUGGAGGUAUUGACUGUGAAGGAGAAGUGAUGAAAUGGGUUAAUACAACACUUGGACAAAAACGAAUGACUAAUUAUACGUCAGAUUUACAAGACGGAAUUGUGUUUAGAGACUUACUUCGUAAAAUUGGGGUACCAUGUGGGGACACCCUUCCUGAUGUUAUUAUAGCUGCAGGGAGCAUCGGGUGCCAAUUGAUAUCAGUGGACUCGGUCCAAGGAUGUGUUGUAAAAAUGAACUUUGCGUUCUUGGCAGCUCUCAUGAAGUGGAAGAGAGAGAAAGACGAGGAAGAACGCCGAAAGAAAGAAGAACAAGACCGAAUCAACAAAGUUAUCGAAGAAUCUCGUAAAGCUGAGGAGGACCGAGUCAGAGCAAAACUAGAGCAAGAGAUCAAAGAGAAGGAGAUGCUGAACAAACUCAAAACAAACCAGAACGAGAACGAACAGAAGGACAAAGAGUUACAAGAUCUCGAAGCAAAGCAAGCAGAAGAGAUGCAAAGGAUGUUAGACAAAAUUGCUCAAUGGAUGA